CUUUUCUUGAGUUACUUCACUUCCCUCCUUUCUCCAAUUCAUAGAGACACAGACUCCCCACCAUUCUUCAUUCGUCUCUUUCGCUCCUUUCGGUCCGUUACCGCAGGAACAACCAUAACUCGGAUCGUGACUCGCUCGACGAGCCCGAGUCAGCAACUCAUGGCACGGGCAUUCACUCACUUCAUCCUCAUUACGUUUAUCACCUUCUCCCCAUUCCUCCAACUCAUUGCCGGCGACUCCGCGUUCCUCCGAAACGGCCACAACGGCGCUCGCACUGCUAUGGUCCUUCCCCUGUACCUCUCCUCACCUAAUUCCACCACGUCAGCGCUCGAUCCCCGUCGCCAGCUUUACGGAUCCGAGUCCAAGCGCCAUCCCAAUGCGCGUAUGAGACUCCACGACGAUCUCCUCCUCAACGGGUACUACACGACGCGGCUUUGGAUCGGGACUCCUGCGCAGAUAUUUGCGCUUAUUGUUGAUACGGGUAGCACUGUUACGUAUGUUCCGUGCUCUUCUUGCGAACAGUGUGGCAGGCACCAGGAUCCAAAGUUUCAGCCUGAUUCAUCAAGCACCUAUGAACCUGUCAAAUGUACAAUGGAUUGCAAUUGUGACGGUGAGAGGAUGCAGUGUGUGUAUGAGAGACAAUAUGCUGAAAUGAGUACAAGCAGUGGUGUCCUUGGUGAGGAUGUCAUAUCCUUUGGAAAUCAGAGUGACCUUGCUCCACAGCGUGCAGUUUUUGGCUGCGAAAAUGUUGAGACUGGUGAUCUUUAUAGUCAACAUGCUGAUGGCAUCAUGGGUUUGGGUCGUGGAGAUCUUAGUAUUAUGGAUCAACUUGUGAACAAAAAUGUAAUAAGCGAUUCAUUCUCACUAUGCUAUGGUGGAAUGGAUGUUGGAGGGGGUGCAAUGGUUCUCGGUGGCAUAUCUCCCCCAUCAGACAUGGUCUUUACAUAUUCAGAUCCUGUGCGCAGUCCAUAUUACAAUAUUGAUUUGAAGGAGAUACAUGUUGCGGGGAAGCAACUGCCUCUAAAUGCAAAUACUUUUGAUGGGAAACAUGGAACUGUCCUGGAUAGCGGUACAACUUAUGCUUACCUUCCAGAAGCAGCAUUUCUUGCAUUUAAAGAUGCAAUAUUAAAGGAACUUCAAAUUCUCAAGCAAGUCAGUGGUCCAGAUCCAAAUUAUAAUGAUAUAUGUUUUUCGGGUGCUGGAAUUGAUGCCUCCGAACUCUCUAAAAGUUUUCCAGUGGUUGAUAUGGUAUUUGGAAACGGUGAUAAAUAUUCAUUGACACCUGAAAACUACAUGUUCCGGCAUUCAAAAGUGCGAGGAGCAUAUUGUCUAGGGAUUUUCCAAAAUGGAAAAGAUCCUACUACUCUGUUAGGAGGUAUUGUCGUUCGAAACACUCUUGUAAUGUAUGAUCGUGAGCAGGAAAAGAUUGGUUUCUGGAAAACAAACUGUACCGACUUAUGGGAAAGAUUACAGGAAUCCGUUGCCCCAUCACCAUUACCUCCAAAUUCAGAAGCAAGCCCUCCAACCGAAGCAUUAGAGCCUUCAGUUGCUCCAUCUUCGUUGCAGAAUGAAGCUCCUCCAGGUGAACUCAAAAUUGCAAAAAUAACAAUGUUAAUUUCCUUUAACAUCAGUUAUGUGGAUAUGAAGCCUCACAUUACAGAAUUGGCUGGACUCUUUGCUCAUGAGUUAAAUGUUAACAUUUCCCAGGUCCACUUACUGAAUUUUACGUCUUUUGGAAAUGAUUCCCUCAGUAAAUGGGCCAUAACCCCAAAACCGUAUGCUCAUUAUAUUUCUAACACUACUGCAACGAAUAUAAUUUCCCGGCUUGCUGAACAUCGCAUUCAACUUCCUGACACCUUUGGAAAUUAUGAGUUGAUUGAUUGGAGUGUUGACCAUCCAUCAAAGAAUUGGUGGCAGCAAUACUUCUGGGUCCUGGGUGUAGCUUUUCUGUUUGCAUUACUUGUAGGACUGUUAAUAUCAGGAACGUUCUUAAUUUGGAGAAAAAGACAGCAAAACUUGCACUCAUACCACCCAGUGGAUGCGGCUGUUACCGAGCAAGAACUCCAGCCAUUAUGAGCUAAAGCUCAUGCUACUGCUUUUUAAUAUCUUACUUGAGAGUGUCAUUAGGUUGUCACCACGAUAUCCAGUGAUCAUUGAACCCCCUGAUAGAGAGGUACAUAGAAAUUUCUCUAGAUAUAUCAUCAUCUGUAAAAGCAAUUUUGUUUGUGAAUAUUGUAAUAUACUGGUGAAUCAAAGGGUGGCGUCAUAAGGUUGAAAUACACUUUCAUAUACUGUGUAAUAGCAAUUUCUACAUUUCGUUUAA